UUCAACUUAAUUUAUUUCAUUGUAUUUAGAAGUUGCUGGUCGCGGGGUUGUUAGCGUUGUUAGCUAAAACCCUUGAUAGUCAAAGUGUACAGUGACGUUGACUAGCAUAUUACAAAAUGUAUGUGACGAUUUAAUGGCGUUUGUUUCCUACUACUUGGGUAACUUACUUCUAAAAAGGUAUUUCUUUGGAGCCGAUUUGUGAAUUGUACAGACUAUUGUAGAGGACUAUUUUGAGUAAACAGGUUUAAUUUAUUUCAGAUAACAUGUCCAGCCAUCAAAGCAUGCUGCCCCAGUUUUUGUUUAUCAGCAACUUCUUAAAAGCUGUCAAGAUAAGGGAAAGAGUCCCAAAUGAUGUUGUCAAGCCUUCCACUACCAACGGGAUCAUUCCUCACCUUAGGAGCAUGCACAGGUGUACUUUGGAAAUGUUCAGGAUGAGCCAGUUCCCUCAGCAGUUCAGGGAAGUGAUUCAGAAUGCACUCUUGGAUCGAGCCAUGCAAAGCUCCCUGGAGCGGGAGAAAAAACUGAACUGGUGCAGAGAGGUCAAGAAGCUGGUUCCACUCCGGACCAAUGGUGAUGGAAACUGUCUACUUCAUGCCGCUUUGCAGUACAUGCUCGGGGUCCAAGACACAGACCUCGUCCUUCGGAAAGCACUUUACAGCGCUCUGAAAGAAACAGACACACGUAACUUUAAACUACGUUUUCAGGUUGAGUCUCUGCAGUCGCAAGAGUUUACACAGACAGGUCUCCACUACAACACAAUGAACUGGGAGGAAGAAUGGGAAAAGCUAGUUGAAAUGGCAUCACCAGCGGCAAGCCGCAAUGGUCUACAGUAUGAUUCCCUGGAGGAUAUUCAUAUACUUGUGCUGGCCAACAUCAUUCGGAGACCAAUCAUUGUAAUUGCAGAUCAGGUGUUGAGAAGCAUGAAGUCUGGCUCAACUUUUUCUCCCCUGAACGUUGGAGGAAUUUACUUGCCCCUGCACUGGCCGUCUGGACAAUGCUACAAAUAUCCCAUAGUCCUUGGCUAUGACUCGCAACAUUUUGCACCCCUUAUCACUAUUAAAGACAGUGGCCCAGAAAUCCGUGCUGUUCCAUUAGCAUACCAAGGAAGAGGCAAAUUUGAAGAUUUAAAAAUCCACUUUCUGAAUCAGUCUGAACAGCGUGAGAAAGACAAACUACUAAAUGACUACAUGAUGUUGAUUGAAAUUCCAGUCCAAGGAUUUGGUUAUGAUACAACACACAUUAUCAAGGCUGCAAGACUCGAUGAAGGUAACUUGCCAGAGGAUGUGAACCUAAUGGAUGAUUACCUGCAUGUGGUCAACCACGAAUACAAGCAGUGGCAGGACAAUUCGGACCAUGGUAGACAGCCCUGCUACAGAGAUCCACAGCACUUCUCCAUGUCCCAGCUCUCCCUCAUUGAAAUUAAAUGCGACACAAACAGGUGUCCAUACUACAUUUCCAUGGACACUAGGCCUUACUGCCAUGAGUGCUUUGAACGGAGGAUGUCAAAUGGGAAGCCAGAAAUCAAACCCAGAAGUCAGAGUCCCCAAGCUGGAACAGAGUCUCAGAAAGGGACUGGAACUGGCUCGACAAAAGCCGUUGGUUUUGUUCCUCCUGGACUUACUAAUGACACUUCAUUGUCCUGUUCUCGAUCUGCUCCUCCAAUGACACCGAGUGUCUGCCACUUUAGUGAAACACAUGCUAUGAAGUGCAAGACCCCAGAGUGUGUCUUCACAUUAAAUGUGCAGCACAAUGGACUUUGUGAGCGUUGCUUUAUGGCCAGGCAAGCCAGUCAAGUUCCUAACCAGGAGGAGCCUUUCAUGCCUCAUGUGCUACCACCAGUGGAUUCAACUGGGCAAGGAACACGGUGCAGCCUCUGCCAGCUGGAUGUUAACCGGACUUUCAAUGGCAUGUGUGCAUCGUGUAUGGAAAGGACUGACAACGAGAGGUCAAUUAUUCCACAUCACCAGAGAUCCAGGCUAGAGCCUGCUCAAGCAGCAAGGGGGUGGCCUCAGCAGUCUGGACCUUGGGCUACGACCACUGGUGCUGAAGACUCUGGUUUCCCAGCACAAAGCCCUGUAGCAUCAAAGUGCAAAAGAUCAGGUUGCAAGUUUUAUGGGACCGUGAAAAACCUUGGGUUCUGCUCCAUGUGUUUUAACCAAUAUAAAGUAAACCAUGAAAGUGAAGCCCCACUGUCUCCCCAAAGAAAACCUCCUCUUGCCACUCCCUCAUCUGGAUAUCCCUGCACUGCUGCUGCUAACUUCCAAAACACCUCCCGCUGCCUGGACCAGCACUGCACCAACCUGGGCAACUCCAUGUUCGAAGGGUACUGCAAGAAGUGUUUUCUGAAAGAGCAGGGAAUGCGAUUAAAUGAAGGAAGACAGGCAGAAGAACCAUCUCCUCCUUUACUUGAGAGAUCAGCCCCUCAAAGGCAGGCACACAACUGCCUAAGUCCACAGUGUUUAAAAUGUGCCAGGAACAGUUGCAACAACAUCGUAUCAAGCAGGGGAGAGCUGUGUGCAGAGUGCCAGCGGAGUGGCACAAGGGCUAGACGACUGGCAGCAGGAGAGGCACCAAAACAACGCUGCAGGGCCCAAGGUUGUGACCACUACUCCAACCAGGACAAAGAUGGUUACUGCAAUGAGUGUGACCUAUUCCGACAGAUUUAUAGGGAGUAAAAGUGAUGCACAAAAGAGUUGGAAUGCUGGUGCUAACAAUAAAAAACAACACACAAGUUGACCCAGUUUUUAUGACUUAUCACACCCCAGAGCCUGGCACCUGUUCCACCUUCAUAAGCCAAACUGCUA